AUGGCGCCGCGCGACCCGCGGAGGCGCCCGCGUGACGGGGUGGUGACGGCCUGGCGCCUGGCGGUGCUGGUUAUUGCUAGCCGCCGGGCGCCAGCCGCUGCGUGUCUGCUGCUGAUGCCCCUGGAGCUCUGCAGCGGCCGCCGUGGCGCAGACAUGCUGGGCAUCGCGGCAGGCGCCGCCGUGCCCGUCCUUCGCGGAUCCGCGUGGAGCUGGUCCGCCACCCGCUGGCCCGGGCGCCGCGGGACCGUCGCCCCGCCCGGGGAGGAAGAGGACGCGUCCGUGGAGGACCUCGCGCUGCACCAGUGUUGGACCGAGGCGGGGCACCAUGAGGAGGCGUUCCGUCGGGUGGCCCUGGCCGCCCGGGUCAGCCCCGAGCGGGCCCGGGAACGGAUUCGGGAGCAAGCGAAGCGCUACCUCCGCCACGAGGAGUGCUGUGAGCCGCUGGCUGGGGAGCCGGGCGCAGGCAGGUGCGGGCGCGCGCUGGAGCUCGCGCGCGCCGGCGAGAGGCAGGGGCCAGGCGCGGGCAGCGGCGCCGGCCCACAGCGCGCAGCGGCGGGCAGCGAGGCGCGUGGGGCGCCAGCUGCCGGCGGCAGGGGUAGCGCCGGGCUCGCGCGGGCGUGCGGACCGGCAACAGACAUGGACCAGGCGCUCAGGCAGCAGCGCCGGCCCGCAGCACGCAGCUGCCGGCGCGAGGGCGUUGGCGCUGGCCGGAGGCACAGCGCAGCCCGCCUGGCCCCCGCCUGGCGCGCGAGGCGCGCGCCAGCGGGUGAGAGGCAGGGGGCGGCGAAGGUCUCUGCGAGCGGCAAAGGGGGCCCCGAGCCGCCCCUGCGUUUCGCCAAGGCGAAGUUGAUGGUGGACGAGUUCGGGGCCUCGUGGGACGAGAUCGGGUGCGGCCUCUUCGUGGCCGUCUCCUUCGUGGACAAGGCCUCAGGGGACCACAGAGUCGGCCAGUCUGCUGGACACUCUCCAGUCGACCAGUCGGCCAGUCUCUCCACCUCGGCCUUCACUCUGCUGGACCACUUCGGCAGAACGGUCAAGCUAACUUAUACCAGGCUGGCCUUGUUCAGCGACCUCUUGCAGCAAGGCUGCCAGUGGACCGAGUUGCUCCCGCCAGAUGUGCUCCAGGCCGCGCUCGGGGCGCCAGCCAACAGCCCGCUCUUCUGCUUCGGUGCAUUCCGGCACCCUGGCGGCUCAGAUGGAGCGGCGGAGACGCGCGAACGAGCGCUCUUCGAUGCCGCCGCCGGGUGUCCCUCCCGCGCCUGCGCCUCCCUCGGCUGCGAGACCGAGCGACGCAUCUCGCCCGCGCAUCUGGCCGAGCAGACCGCCGAGGCCGACGCCGCCAAGAUCAAGCAGGCGAACGCGGCCACGGAGGUGAAACCUGGCGGCGGUGUCAAGUCAGACCCCGCCAAGGAUGAGGAGCUACUCGCGUGCUACGAGCACUUGUCCACAGAGAUGGACAUGGCGCGGCGCACGGGCCGCAAAGUUGUGAUCGGAGGGGACUUCAACACUCAAUUUGACGUUGGUCUCAGGGGUGAGGCCCGCCUCGCCCGCCUGCGGGGCGCCGAUAGCGCCGCGGACCGGAACUGCCAGCUGUGCGGCGCGGCGCUGGGCACGCUCUUGCACCGCCGCGUCUGCGAGGCGUGCCAGGAUUUCCUCCCCUCGCUCUCGGAGGCCCGGUGCAGGCGCUGGUUCACGGAGCCGCCAGACGCAACCCGCGACGACCUGAUCUGGUACACAGAUGGGUCCAUGAAGUUCGGCCCACUCUGGGAGCUCCGUCGUACUGGCUGCGGAAUCGCUGUCGUGUCUGAUCGCGGGGAUUUUGUGGCUUUCGGCAGCGCUGUGCCUCCUCCCUGGAUUCGCACAGCGGCGGCGGCUGAGCUGUGGGCUGUGUCGCUCGCGCUCACCAUUGCCCUGGUGUCACCCCGCAUCCGCACCAACUGCCAGUCCAUCCUCGCAAGCGCCGCAGCUGGCACGGCGCAGGCUGCGAAGCCCACGCGCAUGCUUGCGCAGCUGUGGUCGCGCGUGGCCACGCUGUUGGACGGCGACGUCUCGGAGCUGAUCGCGUCCGGCCGGCUCACGUGGAUGCCAUCGCACGGCUUUCAGGCGGACGACGAGCGGAUACAGUACGCGGCUAGGUUCCUGCUGACGUCCAAGCUGUCGACGUCCUACGCCAAGCCCGCGCAGGGCCCGAGAGGGAGCCCUGGCCACACGGACGCUGACUCCGUGGCCAACUUGUGCAGCAAGGGCGAGGAACAGAGCAUCAUGGUGAUACCCCAGUCCUCCCUGGACUCCACGUUCGAUGAGACGCAGGAUGACGAGAAUCCGUUCAACUACCCCCAUCGCGCGAAGAGGGAGAACGCAGAGAGGAUGUACAACCUCCUCGUGGAGGUCGGCGGAUGCAUGUGUAGGUUUGAGGGGCAUGUGUUGCGCAUCGGCUCCUGAUGCGACAGGGAUUUUCAAGUAAAGUAUACGGAAUGGCGUCUUGCGUAGACCGGAGCGAUUGCCCUCCCCCCGCCGUUGAUGCCAAGCCUUCACGUCUGCCG